AUGCAAAAUCUUCAAAAUUACUUAAAAUAAGUUCAAUAGAUGCUUAAGAUAAAAACAUAUCAAAAGAUGUGGAAUUAUUGUAGUUAGUUUUAUGAAUUUGGAAUAUUACAUCCUACUUUAAAUAUUCUGUUGGGAAUUGAAUUUAGUGCGUUAGCUACUACUCCAACUAAAUUCAUUUAACUAUUAAUGUCAAAACAUUUAUAUUUAUCUUAAAAUUAUCUAACUCCAAUGCAAAUGAAAGAAUUUGAUGAUGCACUUGCAAAAUGUGAUGAGUUUGAUCAAAGAAAUUUAGGGUAAAAUUUAAAUAUAUAAUAUUAUAGGACAGUUAUUGGAAUGAUCUUAUUUGGAACAAUAGGAUUUUUUAUUUUUGGAUUUGCUUUAGUAGGUGGAAUUGGAGGUGGAGUUUUAGGAGUGUUUGGAGGUCAUUAAGUAGGGAAGAGAAUUAAAAAGACUUUAUAAAAUAAGUAGGAUAUUAAGGAGAUUGAUAUAUAUGAUAUUAGAAUAAGAACUAUUUUAAAAUGGGCAUAAUAAUAAUAAAAGAAAUAUAAUUAUAAUCUAAAUCUAUAAAGAUUUGUAACUGAUAAAAUCUUAACAGAAAUAAAAGUGGCACUACAUUUUAGAUAUUUCUCAAUUAUCAAUUAAACCCAACUUUAGAAAUUAAUAAAAAAGGCUUUUGUAUUUCUAAAUCAAGAUUUGUAUUUAUGUUCCAUAGAAUUAAGUUUAUUAUUAUUAAAAGAAUAAUUAAAAAUUUUAAAGUACUUUAAUUUAUAGGAUUAAAAUAUAUAUCUUAAUCAAGAAGAGACAAAACUAGUAAAUCAAUAAUCUCAUUAUAGAAAUUAAUUAGAAAUCUCUGUAUUAAAAGGCAUUGAUAAUCUUAUAAAACCAGUUGUUACUUUAUUUUCAAAUUAAAUGCCUGAUCAUAAAUUACCUUAAAUAAUUAAAAAAGCUAAAGAGUUCAUUUAUUCUAUUGAGAUUGUUCAAUUAUCUAAGUAAUUCCCUGAUCCAUAAAUGAGUAUCUAUUUUAUAAAAAUGUUAAAUGCUUAAUUAAAUUUAAGAGUAAAUACUACUAGUUUAAAAUUAUAUGUUUAAUAAUAAAAUUUUAGAAAUUUAGAAAAUGUUGGUUAAGAUAUAUAAUGUUAUAUGUAGAAACAAAAUACUAUUUAAAAUAUAUAAUAAGAAGAUGAAAUUAAAAUAAAUAUAGAAUAAAUAUAAAUUGAAGAAUAAUAAUAGGAUAUGAUUAUUUAAAAUAAUGAAUCAUAAGUAGAAUUAGAAUAAAUAAUAAUGGCAAAACCUUAAUAAAUUAAAUUAAAAUUACAUUCUCAUCCUAAUAAAAUAUGUUUCUCAAAAAUUGAUUAGAAAUUCAAUUUUAAUUCAACUCCAUUUUAAUCUUAUGAUGAUAUAAUCAACAAUUUAGAUAAAGAUAAUUCAUUAUCUAUAUAUCCUAAACAUUAUUGCCAAAAAACAAUUGAAAAAUUUGAAUUAUUUUUAAAAUUGAUACAUGAAUUUACUGAUAAAUGGGAUUUAGCAAUAAAUAACAAGGAUGCUCAAAUUUAUAAAACAUUAAAGGAAGGCUCUGAUAAUGUAUUUAUUAAAGGAUUUGGAAUUAUUAAAGAUGUAAAUAAUUUAAUUAAUUUUGAUAGACUACUCUUGAAUUAGCAUUAAAAGUAGUUUAUGAUAUUUAAUUAAGAAGAGAAUGGUAAUAUUAAUUAUUAAUUUAAUAGGGAUAAAUUACUAAGAGAUUUCUAGAUUAUUAAAACAGAAUCUGAAGAUAUAGAUAUUGUAUCUUAUUAUGUACAACCUCCAAUUAGUCUAGUUACUCCUAGAGAAUGGGUUUAGAGAAGAAUUUUAAGAUACGAUUUCCCAUAAUAAGGUUAGAUCACUUUACUAUUUUAUUCUAUUGAUUAUCCUUAACAUCCAAUUAAUAAUAAUAGAAUUAGAGCACAUACUGAAAUAUCUUCAAUGAUCUUUGAGGUUUUUGAAUAAAAAAAUGUGAAAAUCUCGAUUUGUUCGAAUAAUGAUAUUAAAGGAUAUAUUCCAAAAAUGAUAGUAAAUAGAGCAAGUGCUAGUGGACCUAUAGAUUGGUUUAAGAGUAUGUAAGGAGCUUGCAAUAAAUAUAAAUGA